GAGGGCCGUCAUUUCUCCUACACAGACAGAGAGAGACAGGUCCCCCCUCCCGCCCCGUGGAGGGAGAGAGAGAGAGAGGGAGGCCUCCGGCGGGCGGUGGGAAGGGAGGGCGAGGCGUGUUUGAGGAGGAAGCGGCUCCGGCUGCCUCCGCGCCCCUCCUUCCUUGCUUCCUUGCUUCCUUCCUUCCCUCCCUCGCUCCCUCCUUCCUCGGCCCCAGGGUGUUGGCGGUUGGCGGGCCGAGGGAGGCAGCGGCAGGCUGUUCCUGCUCCUGCUCCUGCUGCUGCUCCUGCCGCUCCUGCUCCCGCGCGUCGUGGUGCCCGUGGGCGCUUGUGAGGUUGGGCGUGUGGGGAGGCGGCAGGAUGCGGGUUGGGGCCCCGCUCCUCCGUGUCCGCCGUGGUGGGGAGCGGCGGGACCGGGCGGCGGGGCCGGGCGGCGGCCGGCGCUAGGCCCGAGGGCUCCGGCCGGGGUCCGGAGCCCGGCCGCGAUGAGCCGCGGGGACGAGGAGGACGGCGGCCGGCCCGGCGGCGGCGGCGGCGGCGGCGGCGGCGGCGGCUCCAAGAUGCUCAAGUGCGUGGUGGUGGGAGACGGCGCCGUGGGCAAGACCUGCCUGCUGAUGAGCUAUGCCAACGACGCCUUCCCCGAGGACUACGUGCCCACCGUCUUCGACCACUACGCCGUUUCAGUGACCGUGGGAGGCAAGCAGCAUUUGCUCGGACUGUAUGACACGGCGGGUCAGGAGGACUAUAAUCAGCUGAGGCCACUCUCCUACCCCAACACCGAUGUGUUCCUGAUCUGCUUCUCCGUGGUGAAUCCUGCCUCUUACCACAACGUCCAGGAAGAAUGGGUCCCCGAACUGAAAGACUGCAUGCCCCACGUGCCUUAUGUCCUCAUAGGAACCCAGAUCGAUCUGCGAGACGACCCCAAGACCCUGGCCCGGCUGCUCUGUAUGAAGGAGAAACCCCUCACCUAUGAGCACGGGGUGAAGCUAGCUCGAGAGAUCGGAGCACAGUGCUAUUUGGAGUGUUCGGCCCUGACCCAGAAAGGCCUGAAAACGGUCUUUGACGAAGCGAUCCUCACCAUCUUCCACCCGAAGAAAAAGGCUCACUGUCCCCGCGGCCGCCAGCGCCGCCGCCGCUGCUGCUCCGUCCUGUGAGCUGGGCUGUGCCCCCGACCUGCCGGCCUGCGGGGUGGGAGACACGCGGCCCGGAGCCUCCGAGCCCGAAGGCCCGGCCAGCCGGACGGACGGCCCCGCGUUGGCGGAAGUUGGCGGCGGCUCGGUCCGUCGGGCUCCGUGGGGGUUGUGUGGGACUCCGGCCCGGGAGGCGGCUCGUGGUGCUAAAGCCAAACGACACCUUGACUUAUUCGCUUUCACCUCCUGCAACGGAGAAAUGUGGACCGACGUUUCCAGGAACUGUGCAGAGAACCGGACGGAAACUCCAUUGCAGAUCUGUGGCCUUAUGUGAAACAAGAUGGAAGCGUGGGGCAGGAAUUCAUCGAAAAGCACAAACUUUUUUCUGACCCUAAUAGCGUAGCGUAGUGUACAAGUCUCACACGUUCAUUGUUUCGAGACGUUGGUUAGUUCAGACUUUGCUCAGACUGUUGAGAGACACCAAAUGGGCCUUAAUCGAGAACCGCAUUCCUUUUUGUUUCCUGCCGCCCGGGGGUCCCUUCCAAAGCCGUCAGGUAUCAACUUUUACCUCUCGAUGGGCUUCUAAUGUAUCGCAAGAAAUGUGCGCGAGUCCUUUUAACCUGUGCCGGGCUGCCGCGCAGAUCCCUGCAAGAGCCACCCGUGCUGGCGCAGUGAGCUUUGGUGUCUAGACCAGGGUCCCAGCAACUGUGCCCACGUCACCCUGAGUCCACGGCGACGUUUCACCAAAGAUCCCAGAGCCCGCGGGUACCAGGCCCUGACCCGGGCGGCCUUGGAGGCGUGCGCUGGCAAACAAUCAUCGGGGUCCAUGCGCCAGGAUUCCCAGCUCUGAGGACCGGCAAUGCCAAGCUGGCGGCGGCCUUGAUGGGGAGCAGAAGGAAUCCCAGGCCUGGCACAAGGAAGCCCACUGAGAGAGAAGUUUUCGGUGGCUUUGAGGGAGGAGCUUCCCGGGCGGCCACCGUGACCUCUGCCAUUUCACUGGCCGGAUCGUGCCGUGGUGGGGCUGAGCCUUGGCGGGGACCUCGACCUCCCGGUUUUACAGUGUGGUUGCCCAGCCUUCUAGGACAGGUGCCGUUGACGGGGAGGCGCAGGUGGCAGAGUGGUGUGCUGGGAGGGUGGGAAUAAAAAUGGACCCCGAACUUUCUGCCACUCGGUCAAGCCUCUGCCUUGUCACUGGGACCCGUCCAGCGAGCCCGCCAUUUUGCACAGUCGCCAGCGGCUUUCCCAGUGCAUUAGCAGUAGCGAUGGUAUUUGCUGAGAGCCCCCUAGGUACCGUGCACUUUGCUUAACACUUGGGAAAGCACACUGCAGAAUGAGACAUUCCCUGCCCGCAAGGAGUUUGUAAUCUUAACACAGAGGCUCUCCAUUAGCAAAAACGAGGGUUCUGUGAGCCAACAGGGUCUCCAAAAUGCCCAGUAAUGAUGGUGUUUUGAGUUGAUCAACAAAGCCCCGCCCUACACGUAAACGUGACCAUCAGUCGGUGUGACUCCAAAAGGGACCAAGCCAGCCCGGGGUCUCGGCCUCUCUAGUUCAGUUCUCCCCAGUGCUUGGUACAGUGUUCUCCGCACAAUAAACGCUCAAUAAAUACGA